GUGUAGUAUACAAAGAAGGUGAGGUAUUUGGUAACGAGACUGUGGUCGGAAGUGAGUUGAAAAGUUGGGUUGCGAAGGAGAGGGGGAGAGAUAAUGAUGGCCACGACAGAGGAAGGUAGUGGUAGAGGGGGCAGUGGCGGUGGGGGAGGGGGAGAACCACCGAGGAGAGGACCACCGAUUUGUUAUGGGUGUGGGAAGCCGGGACAUUUCAAGUUCGAAUGUUGGAAAUAUUCAAAAGUGGAUGAAGGAAGGCAGGGUUCCCCCAUACGGAAAUGGGAGAAAGGGGCAUUGUCAUCCACGAGCAAUGGUGGUGGUGAAGAAUUGGGAGCAGUGGGCAACCUGGUGAAGUUGUUGCUAGCAAAAGAGGAAGCGAAGGAGGUGAAGCGACAGGAAAAAGCGAGCCGAAAGAAAGCGAAGGAGGAAGAGAAACAACGAGAACGUUUGAAGCAGGAAGAAGAGGAAAGAAAGCGACAGGAGCAAAUCGAAAAUGAGCCGGGACUCCCAAGGAUCGUUCAACAACAGUUGGCUCAGUGGGGACCUCCACCGAAUGUGGAACGUCAUGAGGGAAGGAGAAGGAGACGUGGAACACGGAGGAUACCAUAUCAUCCGGAUGGAUGGGGACUGUGGGAGGAUGACGUAGAGGACUUGAGGCAGAAGGCGGCUGGAAUAACGAUCAGUAUAGAAAAAACGGAAAAGGGAAACAACGGAUGAGGAAUCCCUUUCGACACCGUCGUCGCUGAUCAAACAUCGGACGAGGACAAGAGGUAGAUCGAAAGGAACAAAUAAGAAGAUGAAGA